UAUGCAUUCAGCCCGCACCGUGUCCAAUGCGUUUGCAGUUGACUUCCAUACAGUGAACGAGGCUGUGGCACUGAUCUAGCACUUAUUGUCCUGUAUGCGGACGCUUGCAUUGCGACGAACCCCCCAAUCGCUCCCCGUGUCGAAAAGUUAGGAGUGCCCAAAACAUGAGCUCGAAGCGCAGAAGCGGCCCUGCAGGCUCACCCGAAGACUAUCCAGAUACGCCUGAUCCCAAGCGACGCAAGCGUAACGACGACACCCACUUCCCCGAUGUCGAAACUCGCGAGACCACGACUGAGAUCGGUUUAAGGCUCGUCGGCUCGCUCAAGAGAUCGCAAGAUAAGAACGGUCGGAAUGUUGCCGUUCAUUUCCUCGAUCUUCCCGACAGAGAUGAAUACCCUGAUUACUAUCAGGCCACUGCAAUGCCGCUGUCUCUGAAUAUCAUAGAGCAGAAAUUGAAAAAAUAUGAGUAUGAGAACUUGGAAAGACUGGAAUCCGACCUGAAGCGAAUGGUUCAAAAUGCGAAGGACUACAACCACUAUAAGUCUGCCAUAUAUGAGGACGCAGAGCGUAUUCGCAAGGCCAUAUCCAAUUUCAUGCCAAAGCAUAAUCCAGCAUAUCUGCGGGCAGACUACAGAGCUUAUCCGACACCCAUCCCACAAGACCUGCUUGAUCAUAUGAGCAAAGGAUCUACUCCCUCGGAUGCUGCUAUGCCGACCGAGAAGAUCAAACUGACCUUCUCUACUAAACGACGGCAAAGCGAGGCUGCUCAGUCCACGCAUGGUAAUGAGCCGGGAGAUCAGAGAGAGGAGCAAUUGAGUUUCCUGAAAGAAUUGUCCGAGCAAGAAGACGCUGUUAACUUUGAAGAGAAGGUACCAAAGAAGGAUUAUCCUGACUACUACAAGGUUAUCAAAAGGCCGACAUCUAUAUCAGAUGUGCGCUCUUUGGUGGAAGAUGAUGCGAUUCCAGACUGGGAUUCACUUGCCAGAGAAGUACGAUUGAUCUGGGACAACGCCAAGGAGUAUAAUCAAGAGGGAUCAGAAAUCUACACAAUGGCAGAAAAGCUCGAGUCUUGGUCAGAAGACAAGAUGCAAUCCCUCGGUGCUGCCCCAAAGAAGAACAUCCGACUCUCUUUGUCGCAGCCUAAACAACCCAAAGCCUUGCGCCUGAAGAUGGGUUCUUCCACCCCGCAACCCCAAACAGCUGGCUUUACAAUCGACAGUGAAUCCCUACGGCGACAGAAGGAAGAAAUGGGUGAAGCACUCAACCGCGCGCAACGAGCAAGCUCUAGAAAUGCUCAGGUCAAUGGAUCUACACCGGUACCUUCAAGUGCUGCUAUCAGUGUCCGACGUAGCGCAUCCGUAGCCACAGAGCAGACAGAUAUGAAGAUGACCGAUGUCAACGGGACAAGCACAAGCACUCCUCAACCGCAGCCAGCCCUGUCAGCCUCGAAACCUCCGGCGCAUGUGCAACUUCCAACACCAGUCAGAGAGAUGGACACGCCGGGUCCCACGGCACCACUCACGAACGGUACUGGUACCCAGGAAUCUCUUACUCCACAAGGCAGCUAUCAAGGUUCCUCCCAACAAAGUGUCAUCCCCUUCGAACGACAAUACCGCGAUCCAGGCAAAGGUCUCGAAUCCGCACUUUUGGGCUCCGUCAUAUUCAUGACGAAUCCCAACGACGCCAACAAUCCGAAAUGGAAACUCGUACGGCGUGCAUCGGCCACAAGAACACAGACCACGGGCUUCAUCACACUCCCGCCAACCUACCGCAAUAUCCGCAUCAUCCCGCUCACUACAUCGGAACUGAAGUCACGUCGGCGGCAUCGUGUUCUGGUCAUGCAUAACUCGCAAUUCUACCGAGAACCGAAUUCGACGGUCGCCGGGGCGUACGAUGUGCAAUUAAAUCCCGGCGAGAAUACCUUGUCAGUCGAAGUUUUGGCGGACCUGAGGGAUGGCGAGAGGAAGGACCACGCACCACCUCAGCUGCAAUUCGAUUUCGAGAAAUGUACGUUGAUUAUCAAUGUUAGUAAGCAGGUGGCUUGAUUGGUCGGGCCCGUUUGGUUUUGCGAUGAGUUCUUCUCCCAUCAAUUGAUGGCUGGGCAAUUGUUACGUCUCUUAAUGCACCGAUUGGCAUUCUUCGAAUGGGCUGGAAUCGUGAGUGACAUGGCAUAACCACAGUGGGAGAUAUGAGCAUUGGGAGCGGAGUUUGGCCUGCCAUAAAUUGAUUGUACUUGGGCCAUUUUGCAGUGAUCGAAUUGGUGUGUCAUGGCUCGGACUAGGGGCAUAUCAGAGUCCAUGCAUGAAUGAGUCCUUGUGCGGAGUGUCUGUGGCUCCCACUUCUCAGAACCAAUCUGUUCGUUGAGCAGACUGUCUGAUCAUACCUUGACAUAUGCAAGAAAGGCAAUCCUCAUCAUACUUGAAAACCGUUCUG